ACCCUACCGGGACUCAAAAUCUGAGCCCUCAGCCAUGCAGCCAGUAGCCAGUCUCUAUACUGACAGCACUAUCAUGGUACUAAAAGGGAUCUUAAAGAAAUGCAGUGAGAGGAUAUGAACUGGAUUGAUGUAAUUGAGAGUAAUCUAAUGGUCAGUUUUGAGAAUGUAGUGAAGAGUCUUGAGGUUUAUAAAAUACAUAUAACUAAGGCUUCUGCGUUACAUACUUUAUUCACCCAUUACUUAAUAAUUAAUGGGACUACAUAAUGUUCUCUUCCAGUUAUUCAUACAGGUUCAGUAGCUGGAGUCUUCACUUUACUUGUCAGCAUGCCAGAAUUGUGUAUUUUUAGACAUUUCUUUCUCCUCUAAUCUCAUUUGAACUCUGAAUUCCCAUCCAUUAACCUCCUACCAGCACCCAACUUCCCCUCCCCUAAGUAUUUUAAUUCCUGAAGUGUUGCAGCAAAACGCGAUGUUCCUUCACAUCCCAGCCACAUAAUGAAGAUGUUUCAUGCAGAUAUGUUUGUUCUCUUCCUUCUGUUAUUGACCAUUGAUUCUACAAUUUGCUGGGGUUUUACAGCUAAUGGUGGUGAAGUACUUAAACCCCAAUUGCGGUCUGGUUUAAAUAGCACAGCACUUAAACCCCAAAGUGAUAAAACUUCUGGGGUGAACCUGAGAGAAAAUAAAUUGAGGCAUAAUUCUGCCUUUGUGACUGCAGAUAAACAUUCAGCUGGAAGUGAAAGUGUACAGAAUGCUUCAAGGACUAAGAAGGAAGAGAGGACCGAACAGUUGAUAGAAGACAAUGGCCAAGAGGUACUGGAAACACAGCAUGCAACCUGUAGGAUCACCACAGAGGAACUUGUGGCCACAGCACAAGCAACUGUUACCAGGGUCCUGAAAGGGCUUUGUAAUACCAGGGAGAUGGAGGAUCGGUUCCACAACCUGGAAAUGCAGCUGACAGACCAGUUGAAUGUUAUCAAGACAAUGCUGCUGAAUAUAGAAGACAAGGUCAUGGAGCAAGAUGUGGCAUCUCGGCGUGCGCAGAAACGCAUCAUGGGAACCAUUUUCAGACAUUGUCACCCAGCUUCCUUAAUCCAAGAAUCCAACAGAAAUGGUAGGACCAGUUCGACAACUUUUGAACAAGAGGAGGAUGCAGGGGCAACCUGGGAGGAUGAGGAAUCUUCAGAUGAGAUUUCAGAGAGUCCUCGUGAUGUGGAAGUGAAUCGUUACAACAGUUCCAUCCAUGCAGAACCAUUUCCUGGACAGCCUUACAGCAGUGCAAGAAGCAGCGUCUUCACCUACUACUGGCGCAUCCAAGGCAUGGAAUACAAGUUGACAAGCUGGAACCAUCGUCGGUCUCUCCGCAGUUCCUCCUUCUACAUCUCUCCAGGUGGUUAUCGAAUGUACAUUCGUGUCUACCCACGCCAGAAUGAAGAGAAUGUGUACAUCCAUGUUGGUGUGACACGAGGUGAUUUUGAUGAUAGCUUGCCCUGGCCAUUCAAGCUGAAGCAUCGUGUCAAUGUUCUUGAUCAGGUUUCAUCUGAGGAUGGACAGGAGGAUAUUAGUUCUCGUGUGUGGGACCCAACCGUGCUCUGUAGUGGCUUCAACUGGCAGAAACCAACAUCUGGUGACAACUAUGAAUGUGUGGGCCUUGGCUUCGCACAUAGUGUGAUUCGCUCCAGGCACUACAUUCGUGAUGAUGCCAUCAUUAUCAAACUCAGCGUCUACCUAGACUGAGUCAUUGUAGUUUUUUUACUGAGUAUUACCAGAUUAUUUAUUUAUAGCAAGGAAAUAAAUUAUGAAAAGUAGAGUUAUAGGGUAUAUAAACAUAGUACUGUGACUGUCGAAAGAUGCAGGUAAUAGGAGAGACCAGUCUUUGUAAUGUAUAUGAACCUUCUCACAUCCUUUGAUUCACUAGUUCUAUUGAGCAGAGUGCUGGAGAACAUAAUACUGUAUUCUCUCAGGUAUGCAAGAAAUUCCUUGCCUUUUAUGUAACCUGAAGAUGUAUUAUUAUGUUCACAAGGCCAACUCUUGAUUCCCAACCUGAAUCAAAUAAAUGCAGUCCUUUGGUUAGCCAUGUAAAAUAUUAAUCUAUACAGCUUUCAGUCAAAUGGAAACUUCUCUGAUAAUACCAGACUUAAAAAUGUUUAAAUGCUAUGCAUUUUUCUGUUUAAAUAAAUAUAUAGGAAAUAGUGUUUUCUUUUCAAUAUGUGAUUUCGAGUAUCAUACCCAAAAGUCUGGAUACCAAUAGCUUGUAGUUUUUUAUAAAUGCUGGAUCCAUUACUGCUGAAAAGUACAUACAAGUACUACUUUUUGGCAGUGGUUGAAAAGUAAAAGUAAAGUUGUCUUUAUUCUUUAUUAAGUACCAUGCUGUGAAGAGGUAUGGGGGAGUAUAAUUAUAGCUCCACAUAUAGGUACUUUGCCUCAGCACCAGAUGAAGCUGAGUGGUCCACUUCACACCCCAAUCAUGUUGCAAAUGGGAGAAGAGUACCCAUUAUCCAUUGGUUAGGGGGCUGGGUGGGUCAUAGAGCUGGUUGUCCAACGUGUAGUCUUUUUCUGUACUACUUGAGCUGUUUCAUCUCUCAGAAAGUAUGGUUGCUAUCCAGAAGUUUUAGAAAAAGGGUUAGGAAAGUGAUAAAUGAGGUGAUGUGAAGGUGUGGGGAAGGGGAAAUGUCAAUGCAUGUCCAUGAAGGUACAGAAUGGUAUUGCAUUAGUAUAAAAGUAAAGUAAGUAAAGCUAUCCCUGUAACAGGCCAUA